UUUUUGACCAACUCCACCCCUACUACAUUCAGUUACAUAGGUGUUCUCAUACGCAGCAUAUAUAUAGCUUGUCUUUUGUGAUUAACAAGAAUUCUUUGGCCGUUUAAUUUCCAUAAGAAUAUAUCAUAAAUAGAUUGAACCAAAAAGAGAGUAGGUGAGGUAGAAUUCAAAUAUAUAUAUAACUGACAAUACAUCGAAUAAAAUGGCUUACGUUUUAACUGAAACCGCUGCCGGUUAUGCCUUAUUGAAGGCUUCUGACAAGAAGAUCCAUAAAUCAUCUAGUUUGAUUGAAGAUUUAAAUACAGCAGAAAAAGUUGCUGAACAAUUUAAAAUUCACCGUUUUGAAAAAUUUCAAUCUGCUGCCAAUGCUUUAGAAGAAGCUAAUGCCAUUAUUGAAGGCCGUGUUUCUGAUAACUUGAAAAAAUUAUUAGAAGACUCCAAAUCUGAUAAAAAGGCUACUUUAAUUGUUUCUGAAGCUAAAUUAGGUAAUGCUAUUAAUAAAUUAGGAUUAAAUUUUUCUGUUGUUUCUGAUGCUGCCUCUUUAGAUUUACACAGAUCAAUCAAGGAAUUUUUACCAGACUUAUUACCUGGUUUAGAUGAUUCUGCUUUAAAACAAAUGUCAUUAGGUUUAGCUCACUCUAUUGGUCGUCAUAAAUUAAAAUUUUCUGCCGAUAAAGUUGAUACCAUGAUUGUUCAAGCUAUUGCAUUAUUAGAUGACUUAGAUAAAGAAUUAAAUACUUACGCUAUGCGUUGUAAAGAAUGGUAUGGUUGGCAUUUCCCAGAGUUGGCUAAAAUGAUUACCGACUCUGUUGCUUACGCUAGAAUUAUUUUAACUAUGGGUAUUAGAUCAAAUGCUUCAGAGACUGAUUUAUCAGAAAUUUUACCAGAAGAAAUUGAAGAACAAGUUAAAUCAGCUGCUGAAGUUUCUAUGGGUACUGAAAUUACCGACAUUGAUUUAGAAAAUAUUAAAGCUUUAGCCGAACAAAUUGUUGACUUUGCCGCUUAUAGAGAACAAUUAUCUAACUACUUAUCAUCUCGUAUGAAGGCCAUUGCUCCAAAUUUAACUUCUUUAGUUGGUGAACUUGUUGGUGCUAGAUUAAUUGCUCAUUCCGGUUCUUUAACUUCUUUAGCUAAAGCUCCAGCUUCUACUAUUCAAAUCUUAGGUGCUGAAAAAGCUUUAUUUAGAGCUUUGAAAACUAAACAUGAUACUCCUAAAUAUGGUUUAUUAUAUCAUGCUUCUUUAGUUGGUCAAGCCUCUGGUAAAAAUAAGGGUAAAAUUGCUAGAGUUUUAGCUGCCAAAGCUGCCGUUGCUCUUAGAUAUGAUUCUUUAGCUGAAGAACGUGAUGAUUCUGGUGAUUUUGGUUUAGAAGUCAGAGCUAAAGUUGAAUCUAGAUUAAGUGCCUUAGAAGGUCGUGAUUUAAGAACCACCUCUAAAGUUGUUAGAGAACAACAAAAAGUUGAUAUAACCGAAGCUAGAGCUUACAAUGCUGAUGCCGAUGCUCCAGCUGCUGAAGCUCCAGAAGCUGAUUCUGAUGAUGAAUCUGAAGCCGAAGAAGAAGUUGCACCAAAGAAAGAAAAGAAAGAAAAGAAGGAAAAGAAAGAUAAAAAAGAAAAGAAGGAAAAGAAAGAUAAAAAGAGAAAGAGAGAUGACGAUGAACAAGAAGAAGAAACAUCUAAAAAAUCUAAGAAAGACAAAAAGGAAAAGAAAGAAAAGAAAGAAAAGAAAGAUAAGAAAGAAAAAAAGAAGGAAAAAAAGGAAAAAAAAUAA